UGUACUGACUACAGUUUGUACUGAGGAGUCCUAACAAGAGACAGAAUCCCAACCAUGCUAACUCCACUUGUUCUCUCCCUCCUCCUCUCUUACACAGGAGGACAGGCCACAGCCCAGUGGCAGGGUAAUGAGAUCACAGGAGGAGUUGUUGAUGGACAUGACACCAGUCACUACUGUGCCCUGUGCUGUGCCACCCAGGGUACUGAUGUGUGCGCACAAGAAAGCCAAGUUCUCAGUCUACAGAAUACUGUUCAGCAGUUGCAGGCUCAGAUACAAGUGAUGCAAACCUCACAAGGAAGACCCAGGGACUGUUCAGACCUGCUACAGGAAGGGUAUGACAGCAGUGGGAUCUACACCAUCUACCCCUUCUCCAAUGAUGUACAGGACAGUGGCAGGAGUGUGGGGGUGUUUUGUGACAUGACUACAGACGGUGGUGGAUGGACAGUUUUCCAGCGUCGUCAGGAUGGUUCUGAGGACUUUUACCGGGGCUGGGCUGAUUACAAGGCUGGGUUUGGCAAACUGGAUGGAGAGUUUUGGUUAGGUAAUGACAAGCUGCACCAGCUGACCAGCCAAGCCCAGUAUGAGCUGCGGGUUGACCUGGAGGACUUUGAGGGGAACAGUGCGUAUGCACAGUACCAGGUCUUCACUGUGGGGAGUGAAGCUGCACGCUACAUGCUGACUAUUGGAAACUACACUGGGACAGCAGGAAACUCCAUGGCCGCACAUAAUGGAAUGGCAUUCAGCACCAAGGACAGGGACUAUGACACUGCUGGUAGUUCUUGGUCCUGUGCCCAGAACUACAAGGGAGCCUGGUGGUACGCUGCCUGCCACCGUGCCAACCUGAACGGCCUGUACCAUGCAGGUUCCCAUACUUCCUACGCAGAUGGAGUCAACUGGUACGCUUGGAAGGGCCACUAUUACUCUCUGAAGCACACUGAGAUGAAGAUACGCCCAAUAACUAACCUUCAACUAUCUCACCAGAUACAAAUGCUACUGGCCUUUCAAGGAAGACCCAGGGACUGCUCAGACCUGCUGCAGGAAGGGUAUGACAGCAGUGGGAUCUACACCAUCUACCCCUUCUCCAAUGAUGUACAGGACAGUGGCAGGAGUGUGGGGGUGUUUUGUGACAUGUACACAGACGGUGGAGGAUGGACAGUUUUCCAGCGUCGCCAGGAUGGUUCUGAAGACUUCUACCGGGGCUGGGCUGAUUACAAGGCUGGGUUUGGCAAACUGGAUGGAGAGUUUUGGCUGGGUAAUGACAAGCUGCACCGGCUGACCAGCCAAGCCCAGUAUGAGCUGCGGGUUGACCUGGAGGACUUUGAGGGGAACAGUGCGUAUGCACAGUACCAGGUCUUUACUGUGGGAAGUGAAGCUGAGCGAUACAACCUGACUGUGGGGGGUUACAGUGGAACUGCAGGAGACUCCAUGACUGCCUAUCACAAUGGCUGGCCAUUCAGCACCAAGGACAGGGACUAUGAUGGCAGCACCUACCCCUGUGCUGAGCGCUGCAGGGGAGCCUGGUGGUACGCCCACUGCCACCACUCCAACCUGAACGGCUUCUACUACGCGGGAAACCACACCUCACGGGCUGAUGGAGUCAACUGGCUGGCCUGGAGGGGGUUCUACUACUCCCUGAAGCACACAGAGAUGAAGAUACGUCCCAUAGUUAACUAGAGCAGGGAUGUAAUGUGCACUUGUUGGUGAUCAGCACAGCCUUCAAAAACAUUGAAUUCUUCACUACAUGUAUUUGAUAAUAAAGAAUACUCAUCUUAACUUGCUAGGAUGCUGUAUAAGCUUGAAGAACCAUGGAUGUAUCAAUAAAUUGUGUUCUGAAUUGAACAAUCCAAAGAUUGCCAGGUACUAUAUCAUUUUGUUUAAAUAAUCAACAGAAUUCAAAUCACCAGAUUUCUUCUGCUGACUGUCUAGAACUCAGUACCACACAUCACUUCAAGUUGACCUAUGAUUUCAUUUUGAUCAGUUGUUGUAAUGUUGUGUUAUUUUAUGUUGGGGUCUCCCCGGCCCCCCAGGAGGCAUUGAAAAACACCAGUAGGCGAUGUGUUCUUGCCUGGUUAAAUAAACUGAACUGAACUUUUAACUAUGUAAGUAACCAUUGUUUGCAAAGUGAAAGUUGUCUAUAGUUUUACAACUUCAUGUAUGACAGGUGCUUGUUCUAAACACAUUUGGAGGCAUUAAGUCUGUACAACACUUCCUCUCAUAGUAUCCAAGCACACACAUUUACAUUAGUCUAAUGGCAUUGUUUUGAGUGAAUAACUUAAAAGUCAAUGCACAUAUAUAUAAGAACAAACAUCACGUUUCAGUCUAGGAGCCACGAUAAAUUUUUGAAACCCCAGCAAUUG